AUGAAUAUACCCAAGCCUUUCAGUAAUUCAUGUUUUUUGUGGUCUGUCACAGAAUAUAGAACAAUCAAGAAGAUCGGAGAGGGGACAUUUGCUGUUGUGGUUAAGGCCAAAAGUCUGGAGGAUGGAAAAUACUAUGCCUGUAAGACAUUGAAGCACACUCUAAGAAGUUGGAACCAUGUUAACAACCUGAGAGAGGUCCAAGCUUUGAGGAUGCUGGACUCACACCCCAACCUCCUGCAGCUCCAUGAUAUCCUUUUUGAUCUGGAAACUGGAUCAGUGUGCCUGGUAUUUGAACUGAUGGAGAUGAAUAUAUUUGAGUUGAUCAAAGCCCGCCAGUAUCCCAUGCCAGAGAACAAGAUCCAGAACUACAUGUACCAGCUUUGCAAGUCUCUCCAUCACCUGCACAGCAACGGGAUCUUCCACAGGGAUGUUAAACCUGAAAACAUUCUGAUCAAGCACAACACUCUGAAGCUGGGAGACUUUGGCUCCUGUAAUAGUCUGUAUGCAGGACCUCCCUACACCGAGUACAUCUCCACCAGGUGGUACCGCGCACCCGAGUGUCUGCUUACUGAUGGACACUACUCACACAAGAUGGACUUGUGGAGCACUGGCUGCGUCUUCUAUGAGAUCCUCACGUUUAGACCGCUCUUCCCUGGAUCCAGUGAUCUUGACCAGGUGUCAAAGAUCCAUGAUGUCUUGGGAACACCCAAACCCACUGUUCUUAGGAAGUUCAAGCCAUAUCGUAAGGUGGCCUUCAACUUUACUAAGAGGAAAGGCAGAGGUCUGUCUGCUCUGAUCCCUCAGUGCUCCGAGACGAACAUGUCCUUGCUGCGCCUCAUGCUGCAGUACGACCCAGAGGAGCGCAUCAGCUCCAGAGCUGCACUGCAGCACUUCUGGUUCAGAGAACAGCGGCUGGAGAAGAGGAGAGCCACUAGCCUGACCCAACAAACCAGCAUGGAUUUAGAGAGAGGACAGAGAAGCACCCACUGUCCCAGCACUGGAGACAACCAGAAACACGGGAUGCGACAGGCCUGUCAGGCAGUGAAGCUGCCCAGGCUGAACCAAGCCAUCCAGCCUUCCCCCAGGGCCUGCCUUGACUCCCUGCCCUUCUGUCCAGCCAGGGGCAACCAAGAACGCCUUCCACCCAUUACCAACAGGACCAAUCGCUCCACUUGCCAGAAGGUAAGGAUUCUGAAACUUUCAAAUACAUAGAAAGGGAGA